AUGUCUGACACAGAGUCCGAAACUGGUCCUCUUUUGUCAAAGGUAUGGGCUCUGCUACUUCCGCCUGUUGCUGAAAAUUCUGAGGCGAGUUGGGCGAUUGCUACUUCUGACAUAAACAACCGUAAUUGGACGUGGUGGGAGAUGGUAAAAACCAGAACGGGGGAGUUUCAGAUCAAAUCGACCACCUCUGAGAUGGCUCCGGCCACAGCAAACAGCCAGAGCCCAAUAUAUUUGGGAGAGAUAGCACGUUUGGAUGAAUUAGAGGUGGGAUCUACAAUUCAUCUGGAGCUAACGGACAGACCGAAGUGCUGGACCCAACGAGAAUUUGUUUCUGAGAUUUGGGAUACACUAUACGAAGAUGGUGCCUUAAAUCGGGCAGAGCAUGAUCUUGGAAAGCGAGAGUUGGCAGCUGCAUUCGGUGGGCACAGUGGGAGAUCUUGA